AGUGAUUUUAUUUAUUAAAAAAAUCCGUGGAUUUUACUUUGUUAGUGAAUUUGAUAUUCCAUUCAUUUUAAAGGAUUUUUAUUACCGAAUAAAUCCUUUACUUUCAUCUAAGAAGGAUAUUAUCUUUUUUAGAUUAAAUUAUUUAGCAUCGUAAACAAAUUAAAAUUUACAUCGACAAUGAACGGUUUAAACGGUCACACAAACGGUGAAUUAAAUGGAUGCGCUGGUGACAUUAUCACACAAAAUCAACAAAAAGGAUGCUGGACAAUUGGUUUGAUUAAUUCAGGAACAUCACGAUAUUUAACUGCUGAAACAUUUGGUUUUAAAAUCAACGCGAAUGGGGCAUCAUUAAAAAAGAAACAAAUUUGGACUUUGGAACCAAUCAGCGCUGGUGGCGGCGAAAGUUUCAUCUAUCUUCGAUCACAUUUGGAUAAAUACUUGGCCGUUGACUCAUUUGGUAACGUAACUUGUGAAUCAGAAGAAAAAGAACCGGGAUGUAAAUUUCAAAUAUCUGUUGCCGAAGAUGGUACCGGUCGUUGGGCUUUACGUAACGUAAUCCGUGGUUACUUUUUGGGAUCAAGUUCAGAUAAAUUAACAUGUACAGCUAAAGUACCAGGUAACUCAGAAUUUUGGCAUGUACAUUUAGCUGCUCGACCUCAAAUUAAUUUACGUUCGGUGGGACGUAAACGUUUCGCACAUUUAUCUGAGAAUUUGGAUGAAAUUCAUGUGGAUGCAAAUAUUCCAUGGGGUGAGGACACAUUAUUCACAUUGGAAUUCCGUUUUGAAGAAUCCGGCAAAUAUGCUUUACACACCUGUAACAACAAAUACUUAUCAAAAGAUGGAAAAUUAUUAGACACAUGCACAAAGGACUGCUUAUUCUCAGCCGAAUAUCACAGCGGGCAAUUAGCACUUAGAGAUAGAACUGGCUGUUACUUAAGUCCUAUUGGAUCAAAGGCUGUACUUAAAACACGAUCACAAACUGUCACCAAAGAUGAGUUAUUCUCAUUGGAAGAUUCGUUACCACAAGCUAGUUUCGUAGCCGCAUUAAAUUCACGAUAUGUCUCAGUUAAACAAGGUGUUGAUGUGACUGCAAAUCAAGAUGAAAUCUCUGAUUACGAAACAUUCCAAUUAGAAUUUGAUUGGAGCACAAAACGUUGGUACAUCCGUACAAUGCAAGAUCGUUAUUGGACAUUAGAAACUGGUGGUGGAAUUCAAGCAUCUGGAGAUAAACGCUCAUCAAAUGCAUUAUUCGAUUUAAUAUGGCAAGGAGAUGGAUCCGUAUGUUUCCGUGCUAAUAAUGGAAAAUAUUUAUUAACCAAACGAUCAGGACAUUUAUAUGCAACAGCUGAAACUGCCGAUGAAAAUUGCAAAUAUUUCUUCUAUCUAAUUAAUAGACCAAUUUUAGUAUUAAAAUGUGAACAAGGAUUUGUUGGAUACAAAUCAGCCAGUAGUCCAAAAUUGGAAUGUAAUAAAGCUACAUAUGAAACAAUUCAAGUUGAACGAAGUGAAAAAGGAGUUGUAUUUUUCAAAGGACAAAAUGGAAAAUACUGGCAUGUUGAUGGUGAAGGUGUUACCGCCGAUUCUGACACACCUGAAGGAUUCUAUUUAGAAUUACGUGAACCAACACGUAUCUGUAUUAAAUCAGUAAACGGACAAUAUUUGGCUGCCAGUAAAAAUGGUAACUUCCGUUUGGGUGAUUCACAAAUUGACAGCGCUACACAAUGGGAAUACUAAACUAAUGAAACAAUGGUCAAAACAAAAUAAUUAUUAUAUCGCUUUUUAUAAAACAAAAAACCUUCCAAAAAAAUGAAAACCACUCUCAAUAUGGCGUCCAAAAAUCAUAACACCGCAUUCCAAAUAAAAAUUUUAUAACUUUUUUUU